UUAGGGUUUUUGACCUAAACCGAACAUAAACGAUGAUACUUGUUCCAUAAAACAGCAGGUAAUAAUCGGAGGAGAAGCUAGGGUUUCUUUUUCAUGGCGGCUGCGAAUCCUCAGCCACUGCAGGCGCGGCCGUUUCAGGAGCACGCGCGAAUACCAGUACAGAUCGAAGACGAAGACGGCGAGUACGAGGACGGUGACGGUAUGGAUGACGUGGAAGAAGGAAACAUUAAUUCCAUGAAUAUUAUGAACAAUUGCAAUAAUAAUAAUAACAGCAAUACUACUAGUUCAGUGGUUAACGUGGCAGAACACGGAGUUGUUGUGGCCGCGGCUUCCAGGACGAGUGAGCUCACGCUCUCUUUUGAAGGCGAAGUUUAUGUGUUUCCUGCUGUUACUCCAGAGAAGGUGCAAGCUGUGCUCUUGCUUUUGGGAGGACGUGAUAUACCUACUGGUGUACCUACAAUUGAAGUACCUUAUGAUCAAAAUAACAGGGGUUUUGGUGACACCCCAAAACGCUCAAAUCUUUCAAGACGGAUUGCCUCCCUUGUUAGGUUCAGAGAGAAACGGAAGGAGAGAUGUUUUGACAAAAAAAUUAGGUACACUGUGCGGAAAGAAGUUGCACAAAGGAUGCACCGUAAGAAUGGACAGUUUGCAUCUUCAAAAGAAAGUUCAGGUCCUUCGCGUUGGGAUUCUUCACAGAGUGGCCUUCAAGACGGCUCUCCUCGUCCAGAAACUGUUCUUCGGAGAUGCCAACAUUGUGGUGUUAGUGAAAAUAACACUCCGGCGAUGCGUCGUGGGCCAGCUGGACCAAGAACUUUAUGUAAUGCAUGUGGGCUUAUGUGGGCAAAUAAGGGAACACUGAGAGAUCUCAGUAAGGGUGGAAGGAGUCUAUCAAUGGACCAAAUUGAACCUGAAACUCCAAUGGAUGUUAAGCCAUCGAUUAUGGAAGGAGAAUUCUCUGGCAAUCAGGAUGAGCAUGGAACUCCUGAAGAUGCUUCUAAGGCUGUUAACGGGGGUUCAAAUGAUCUUUCAGUAGACCCAGAUGAAGAAGAUAUGCAUGGAGUUGCUGAAGAUCUGACAAAUGCAUUGCCGAUGGGAAUUGUCCAUUCCUCAGCCGAUGAUGAUGAGCAGUUUUGGGAUCUGCAGGAACCUCUGGUAGAGCUUGCUAAUCCUUCAGAUACAGAUAUUGACCUUCCUUCUAACUUUGAUUAGAAGGUGAUGAUUUGCUUUGUUCCAUAAAUGUCUGGAGAUUUGAGCUCUUCAUAGGCUUCUUCAUUUUAGUGUCUCUCACAUCCUUACUUACAGGUCAAAGUUACUGAUUCCUCUGAGGGGGCAAAAGUAGCUAAUUGAGUUGUUAUAACUAAAAACAACCAUGACAUUGAAUCUUAAGUACUACGAUGCUCUCUUGACCAUAGAAGGUGAACUGGUGCUUCCAGCUGACAUUAGAUAAUCUGGUGAUGUUUGUUGAUAUAAGUGCUGGGAUCUAUUUGUGUACAAUUUGAUAUGAGAUAUGCCUGAAUACUUUUACCAUUCUAUAGUAUGUGAUUUAUUUGCCAGGUCUUCUUGAGAUAUUAA